GCAGGGGACAGUGCUGCCAGUCUCUGUCCAUGGUGCUGAAGUCUUUGCUCUGUCCGAGGUGCUGAAAGGCUCGGCGCGGGGGGGCUCAUAUCGACACACCGGUUCUGCGUUCUGGUGUUCCGCCGCGGAGGCUCCGACUGGACCGUGCUGUGGCCGUGUCUCCGUCCGCCGAAGAUGCAGGAGCGGAGGGGGAGGGGAGGACAGUAAGAGGCGGACCAGAACCAACACACAAGAGGACAAGCCUCACAGAUAAAUGCACUGGGCUGUCCAAUUGUGAAGAAAAGGAAGUUGGAGAAGGUUGAGGUUGAAGUUGAGGAGAACCAGUCUGCUCCCAAAAGAAGAAACCAGACGUCCAAACAGGCUGAGGAAGACAGUGACACAGCAGAAGAGGAAGAAAAGAAAGAGGAGUUAGAGGAGGACAACAACCUCAUCAAAGACCAGAAGAACAACAAAGAAAAUAAUGUUACAGGUUCAGUAACUUCAGACGGCUCACUGGUGGAUACAGAGGACACAGAACGACUUUGCCCUCUGGCUGAAGACACCAGGAGCAAAAACAUCACCUCAGAGAUGGACGUCAAACCAGAGAGAGAAAACUGUGACGAGGUAAAACCAGUCAUUGAGGAUCAUGGUCAGGACCAAACCGAAACAAAGGACGAGGACAUCCAGCCACUGGAUGAGUACCAGCCAUCAGAAGACACCACUGUCAUUUACCAGGAAGAGACAAAUGAUGAAGAGGAUGAGAAAACAGAAGAUGGAACAGAGGAGGAGGAGGAGCAACAAGAAAGGCAAGAGAUCUUUGAUGAAGAGAAGGAGGUGAGAAGGCAGAUAAUGAGACAAGAAAACUCCGAUCACCAGUACUCCAGUGGAGAUUACAACCCUCAGGCCAAAGAAUCACAGCAGGAGCAUAGAAAGGAGAGUGAACAGGAGGAAGAGGAGGAGGAAGAUGAAGAGGAAGAGGAGGAGGAGGAACUACAGGAGGAAGAGGAGGAGGAGGAGCAGAAAGAUGAAGCUGAGGAGACAGGAAGAGAGGUGGACACACUAUUCAGCAUGAGUCCAACCACUCAGGAAUAUGAAGCUACUGUGUCUCUCAGGGAAGAAAAGGUCAGCACUCUCCUGACUGAGGAAGAGGAGGAUGAAGAGCAGGCAGAGGAGAAAGAGGAAGAAGAGGAAGCGAGACGAGAGAAGAAAGAAAGUAUUGUGGAGGAAGAGGAUGAGGAAGACAGAGACUCGAGCAAAACCUCUCUGAGUACUGUAGUGAUUGAAGUCCACUCUGAGGAGGACGACGAUGAAGAGGAAGAGGAGGAGGAAGAAGAGGAGGAAGAGGAAGAAGAGGAGGAUGAAGAAGAAGAGGAAGGAGAAGAGUUGGAUCAAGUUUCAGAUGGCUCAGGAGUCACAGAUGACUCAGAGACCUGGGAUAUGACUCGGGGGAACCUGGGGCUCCUAGAGCAAGCCAUUGCACUGAAGGCUGAGGAGGUCCAGGGGAGUCAGGACAGCCGCAGCUCACCAGACUAUGAACCAUACAGUUCCUCUGUCAAGAACUCUGAGGCCUCUGCAGUGGCCCGGCGGACCUCUCACUGCAGCAAAGACAAAAAAGAAGUGAAGUGUCCAACACCAGGUUGUGACGGGACAGGUCACGUCACUGGGUUAUACCCUCACCACCGCAGUCUGUCCGGAUGUCCUCACAAAGACCGAAUCCCUCCUGAGAUUUUGGCUAUGCAUGAGAAUGUCUUGAAGUGUCCCACUCCUGGCUGCACUGGCCAAGGCCAUGUCAACAGUAACCGCAAUACUCAUCGCAGUCUUUCUGGCUGCCCAAUCGCUGCAGCGACUAAGCUAAACAAGACCCAGGACAAACAGGUUCAUCUACAAGCUGCAUCCACCGAACCCUCUUCCAACUCUGACAGAGUGCUCAGGCCCAUGUGUUUUGUGAAACAGCUGGAAAUCCCUCAGUAUGGCAGUUAUCGGCCCAACACUGUAACCACCACACCUCGAGCAAACCUGGCCAAGGAGCUGGAGAAAUACUCCAAAGUGUCUUUUGACUAUGCAAGCUUCGAUGUACAGGUGUUUGGAAAGAGGAUGAUCAUCCCAAAGACACCCAGCACUGCUAACACAUCUUCCAAGGCCUUCAAAUCUAAGUCUUAUCCCAAGGAAGCCUCCCCCGAACACUGCGUGUCAGAAAGUUUUUCUAAGCCCACUCUGUCCUCUAGUGGGUAUGACUACAGCCAAGAUGCAGAGGCAGCCCACAUGGCAGCAACAGCCAUCCUCAAUUUAUCCACCCGUUGCUGGGAGAGACCUGAGACACUCAGCACCCAACCCAGGGAGCCCUGCUCUAAGGAGUCAGAUAUUGAGGUGGAUGAGAACGGCACCUUGGACCUCAGCAUGAAGAAGACCAAGCGAGAGGGCAUGCAGUCUCCAGACCCUUCAUCCUCUUCAUCGUCCUCCUCUCAACAUGUAGGAACCAUGUUGUCUCAGGGCCACACCCAGUCAGACUGGGACAGUCCUUUGGAUUUCACCAAAUCAAGUGAAGUCAAGGAGGAAGAUCAUGAAGAGAUGGAGUACAGAGCUCCUUCAUAUACAUCAUCUGAAGGGGAGGAAGAGGAUCAGGAGAACCUGGAGGAUCGAAAAUACCCCGGGGAAGUUACUACCAGCAGCUUUAAUGUCAAGUUUCAGCCAAAAGACAGUAAAAAAGAUAUUCUUGUAUGUCCCACACCAGGCUGUGAUGGCAGUGGACACAUCACUGGAAAUUAUGCAUCACAUCGAAGUCUCUCAGGCUGUCCUCUUGCUGAUAAGUCCCUUCGGACCCUUAUGGCUGCCCACACAGCUGAACUGAAGUGUCCGACUGCAGGCUGUGAUGGGUCGGGACAUAUAACUGGGAACUAUGCUUCACACAGAAGUUUGUCUGGAUGUCCUCGAGCCAAGAAAAGUGGAGUCAAAUCAACCCCUACAAAGGAUGACAAAGAAGACUCUGAGCUGUUGAAGUGUCCAGUACCUGGCUGUGACAGUCUCGGUCACAUCAGUGGGAAGUAUGCGACACACCGCAGUGCCUACGGCUGUCCACUGGCUGCAAAGAGGCAGAGGGAGGGGCUUCUGAAUGGAUCGCCGUUCUCCUGGAAGGCCUUCAAAACAGAAGGUCCAACCUGCCCAACACUGGGCUGUGAUGGUUCUGGACAUGCUAAUGGCAGCUUCUUAACACACCGCAGUCUGUCAGGUUGUCCACGAGCAUCAGGGAACAAGAAAAAAGCAAAAUCACCUGGGGACGAGUAUAUAACUGCGAAGUUUAGAGCAAGUGAUGUUCUUGACAAUGAUGAAGAUAUCAAGCAGCUCAACAAGGAGAUCAAUGAACUCAACGAGUCCAACUCAGAGAUGGAAGCUGAUAUGAUCAAUCUUCACACCCAGAUUUCUUCAAUGGAGAAAAACCUAAAGAACAUCGAGGAGGAGAACAAACAGAUAGAAAAAAGAAAUGAAGCUUUGUUCCUGGAGCUUUCUGGUUUGAGUCAGGCUUUGAUCCGCAGCCUGGCCAACAUCCGUCUGCCCACCAUGGAGCCAGUGUCAGAGCAGAACUUUGACAGUUACGUGGACACUCUGACCCACAUGUUUACCAACAAAGACUGCUACCAGAACCCCGAGAACCGGGCUCUGCUGGAGUCCAUCAACCAGGCGGUGAAGGGCAUCGAGGUGUGAAGGCUGAAAGCUAAGAUGGAAAUCACACCAGUUCUUUUUUUGUUUGUUUCCUUGAAAUAUUUAUAUGUGA